UGUAGCGGUGACGUCACGGCCAGGUUUGGUAAAAUAAAGCGAGCGGUUUCAUUCACUGAGAGUGGAGCGCGAGCCGGUACCGGGACAGCAGUAACUAUAGCAACUGCGCAUCUCCCAAAGCAGAGCGCGAGCCCAGCACUGAGCCAGCACUGAGCCAGCACUGACAGGUAAGGGAGCACUCACUGACUGAGUGACAAUGAGAGGGCAGAGUUUAUUACUCAGUGAGGGUGAGUGGGUAGGGGGUAAGAGCUCACUCAGUGAGGGUGAGUAGGGGGUAAGAGCUCACUCAGUGAGGGUGAGUGGGGGUAAGAGCUCACUCAGUGAGGGUGAGUAGGGGGUAAGAGCUCACUCAGUGAGGGUUGGUGAGGUGCAAGAGCCUCACCUCAGUGAGGGUGAGUGGGGGUAAGAGCCCACCCAGUGAGGGUGAGCAGGGGCAAGAGCUCACCAGGAGGGCUGGUGAGUGGGGGUAAGAGCUCACUCAGUGAGGGUGAGUAGGGGGUAAGAGCUCACUCAGUGAGGGUGAGUGGGGGUAAGAGCUCACUUAGUGAGGCUGGGGGGUAAGAGCUCACCCAGUGAGGGUGGGUGAGCAGGGGGUAAGAGCUCACUCUGUGAGGGUGGGGGGGUAAGAGCUCACUCUGUGAGGGUGGGGGGUAAGAGCUCACUUAGUGAGGGUGGGUGAGCAGGGGGUAAGAGCUCACUCUGUGAGGGUGGGGGGUAAGAGCUCACUCUGUGAGGGGUGGGGGGUAAGAGCUCACUCUGUGAGGGUGGGGGGUAAGAGCUCACUCAGUGAGGGUGGGUGAGUAGGGGGUAAGAGCUCACUUUGUGAGGGUAGGUGAGCAGGAGGUAAGAGCUCACUCAGUGAGGGUUGGUAAGUGUGGUUUGGAGCUCACUCAGUGAGUGUGGAGGGCAAUCCUUUAUGUUUUCAUGGGGUACAGGAUGGGAUAAAGUUGUGCUGGUGUCUUGAUGAAGAGUUAAUGAUUGGCCUCUGUCAGUCACAAAUAAAUCCUCUUCCAAUGAGAGCCGUGUAUUGUAUAUUACUGUGAGAGCCAUGUAAUAUGUAUUACUGUAUGUGAGAACUGUGUAUUGUAUAUUACUAUAUGUGAGAGCGGUGUAUUGUAUAUUACUGUAUGUGAGAGCCAUGUAUUGUAUAUUACUGUAUGUUUAUUGUAUGAUGUUUGCAGAAUGAGAAGCAUGGGUGCAAUAGUAGAUAGAUGGGUGCUUAGACUCAACAUUAGGACCGACGCACGCUCUGCCUCAAUUUAAAAUGUCCAUCCUCUAGAUUAGGCAUAGGCAACCUUUGGCACUGCAGAUGUUUUGGACCACACCUCCCAUGAUGCUUUUCCAGCAUUAUGGGUGUAAGAGCAUUAUGGGGGAUGUAGUCCACAACAUCUGGAGUGCCAACGAUUGCCUACCGCUGCUCUAGAUAGAUGUUAAGCUCACGGGCAGGGUUCUCAGUAUUCAUUCUGUUAUUUGAAUAAAUUGUAAAGCACUCUGGAGUGUUAUAUUAGGAGUGUUAAAUCCCAAGGGAUCCCUAGCUCCACUGAUAACUGGUGCAGUCAUUGCUCACCACUGACACAGCAGCUUUUAGAUACUUAAAGAGUUAUUCCAACCACCAUGACCACUUCAGACUAAUUGCACCCCCAGUACGCGUGACUUAGGCAGUCCAGAACUCUGUGGCUAAAUUACGUCUGUUGUCAUCGCACUAUGACAGAUGUUAAAAUCUUUAAGAUAGAUUUCCCAGGCUCCCUCCGUUGGGUAUUUGUUUUUUAAAUUUAAAUAAAGCCUCGCCUCCCUCCUAUCGCCAGUCCGGAGCGUGUUCAUGCGCGCAACCCCAGUGAUGUCAGGAGGGGGCGCAUAAAAGUAGCACCGGAUGCUUCGUCCGGCGCUGGACUUCAGGUGAGUGAAACCAUUUAUCCUCUAGAUCAGGGUCCGCCAAACUUUGGUCCUCCAGAUGUUGCUGAGCAGGAAUUCCCAUGAUUCUUUGAAUGAAAUAGAUAGCCAGAGAAUCAUGGGAGUUUUAGUUCAGCAACAUCUGGAGGACCAAAGUUUGGCGGACCAUGCUCUAGCAUAGAUUGUAAACUCGUAUAAGCAGGGUCCUCAACGUAUCUUUCCUGUAACAUUUUGUAAUUGUCUCAUUUAUUAUUAAAUGUCCCUGUAUCAUAAUAUUGUAAAGCGCUGCGGAAUAAGUUGGCACUAUAUAAAUAAUAGUAAUUACAGGUUUUACAGUCAUUGAGAAGGGGGCCUACUCCACAAUGCCCAAUAGGGCAUAUUACACCUGCUAGGUUCCCCCUCUCAAAAGUGUUAUAGUAACCCUUUUAAUUAGUAAUGGAUAAUGGAGCCUGUCGCAGUUAGAGUGCCCAAAUGUAAUCAUCUCUGAGCCAUCUGAUUGACCAUUAUCUGAGUUUGAGUCUCAUCUUCACCCAUUGUACAGCGCUACGGGAUCUGAUGCACUAUAUAAAUAAUAUAAUAAUAAUAAUUAAUAAUCAUGAUUUGCUUGCCGUAUUUGCAGUCUCUAGAAUACUGCAUUAAAAUACAAUUUGAUUUCAGCCUGUCCCGUACAUCCACACCGUGAUAUCUCUCCAGCAUGACCUUAUCUUUCUUGGAAUCAUCCAUUUUCACUGGCACUUUCCGAGUUCUGACUUUGCAGCCUUGCGUAGCGGGGAUUUUUGCCAGCUCAGAUCCUUGUGAUUUCAGAAUUCAGUAAGUCUACUAAAGUUUCCAAAAGGUGUUUUUUUUUUUUUUCUUUCUGAACUUGGGUGCAUUCCAAAAACUAAGUCAACUGCAAAUUCGAAUCCGAUACUCAGUCAUUGUUUGCCAAGUUUACUUUCCAGACAUGCAGACUAAAUUGUGGGCCUUUAUUCACUAAACACAAGUGAAUUGCAAAAUAUGCGUGGGGGAAUUCAAUACUCCUAUAGUCAAAGCUUGGCUUUUUUAACAUUGGCUUUGUCGUUGAAGGCUGAAUUUACAAUAUUUUAGGCUCUGAAAGUUAAUUUGGCUAUUUCAUCCUAAAAUGCUAAUUUGCCACCACUUCCUAUUUGGUGAAUUAAAUAAGUUUAACAAAUAAGCCCCUGGGUUCAGCCAUGACACUUCUUCUCUACCCACUGACCAGUCCCUCUGAACAUUCCACAUCCCUCCGGGUAUUCCCUUACCAUCCCUGGCAUGCGGGUGCCCGCCUGUGUGACCCAUGCAUGGAUCUGGUGUGGAAUCUCUCGGUGAAGCAGGGGGUAUGGAUUGCAGCCUGUCCAGCUGUUUAGAGUUAUUGCUCCCACCAUUUAUGUAUUUAACAUGAAUGCAGGUUAUUAUUAACUGAGGCAGAAGGAUAAAAUAAUUUGCUGAAUCCAUAACAUAACUUUGAAUAUUAUACACAUCUGUAAUUUCUAAGUGAGCUUCAGGCAAAGCAUUAUGGGUGUUGUAGUUUAGUGACCUCUUGGAGGAGGGAGGGUUGCUGUGUGAGCUCCCCAUUCAAUAAGUGUCUGAUGUCCUUUGCAGGAGGUCACAUAGGACAUUGCUGGUGUAUAUGCAGCUGCAGAAUAUCAGGGAUUUUAUUGGAAUGUUUGUGUGUGUGUGUGGUGUCUCUUGCUGUAAGACCUUGCGAAGGAUCACAUGCCUUGCAAUGCUGCUCUUAUUGUGCUUUGCCAGGCUGUUGACACACAAUUGUGUUGUAGCUGGUAAUACGUACAGCGUGCAGUCUUAAAAUAGCCUGUGUCUUCAUUAUCCUGCGCACUGUGUCCUGGUUUGCAGACAUUUACAUGACAAAUAGUAUAGAGAGCGCUGGAACACUGGCUGCUCUGGGCUAAUUGUGUCUGUAUCUUGUGGAUCUGAAUUUCUUUGAAGCUCUGCUGGGGUUUAAUUGCUAGAGGGGAGUAGCUUUGCUGAGCAGGACAUUAUUUGGAGGGCCGGAUGGGGGGGUGGUGGGGAGGAGGGUAGUUGAGCUUUGGCUUGGCUGUCAAAUGCAGUGUAAUUGUCAAUUAUAUUCAGUUCAAAACAGUUCAGCACUUCCAGUGAUAUGUGUUAGAAGUGAUGGCUAUAUCACUACUGGCUGCCCUUUCCAUACCUUCCAACUGGCCUGAAUUCCAGCUGGUGUCUUUAUUUGGGGCAAUUAUCCCAAUAACCUAGCUCUCCUUCUCUGAGAUAGUGGAUUAAGACAUCACAGAUGUUUUUUUUUUCCACACCAAUUUAUAGUGAUCCCACUGUACGCAUAUAGCCCAGUGUUCUAUUAUAGAAGUACAAAUUAUUCUGUAGGUGGUGCUCAUAUACAAAAUAAUUUAUUUGAAGAAUUCGGAUGGUAAUGUCAGUAUCAUAGCAAGCUAUGCCCCUCAGUGGGAUGUGCAUGCGCCCAGUCACAUUUUCCCAUGCGUAUAGCUUUUUCCCAGAAUGCAUUGCUUGCAGCCACAUAUCAGUAAGUAAACAAUAGCUCCUCAAACUGUUCUAGUACUGAAAUGUUAUGGGCAACGAUUACAUUAUGGGUGAUGAGUUUUAUUUCUAUAACGGAUGGGGAUCUACUUUUUGACACCUUUAAUUAGAGGCAUUCAUUAAGCUGUCAAUUGUCUACGUUUUUCAAUCCCCACAUUCAGCUUAGUGAUUACAGCCCCUGUACAGUAAAUAUUAUAUAAACCUGAAACGGACGCUGUUCUGCGCACAUUCCUAGAUAACUUGUUCAUUUAACCCCUUAAGGACCAAACUUCUGGAAUAAAGGGGAAUCAUGACGUGUCACACAUUAAAGAUUUGAAACCCAAACGCAGCCACUUUAGAGGAUCAAACAAAUGGCGUCCGCUGUAUAAAUGUAAACGUCAUAAAAACACAUGCACCCAGGACAUGUGACCCAGACAUCUAAUUAUACAAACAGUAAAAAGCUUCAAGGUGGUGAUUUAUUUACCAAAUAAAACUUGGAACAGAACUGCUUAUUAUCAAACAAGGUACAGCAUGCUAGUAAAAUGACCGAAAAAAUAAAACGCAAAUUUACACAGAGAUAAAUAAGCCGCUUUAAUGGAAUAUUAAAACAGGACGCCAUAACUAUUAAAGGUUAAAUAUGGCCCUUGUUUAUUUUAAUCAUCUAUACAUUUCCCUUACAGUAUGCGGUUAAAGAUAGAAGUAGCACUGUCGCGUGUGGGGUCUUAAAUAUAAAUAAAAUGUGUAUAAUAAUACAAAGAUCCUCUAAAGACAAAAAAUAGAGCUGGAGAGAAUUUUUAAUAAUGUAGUAAUUAGACAAGAGAUGUGUGUGUGUGUGUGUGUGUGGGGAGCAUAGUUGUAAAAUGUGUUGUAUUCUUUAUGGGAAGAGCAGCCAAUGGAUGGAGGUACACAGUCUUUAGAAGUAAUGCAGACAGGAGUUGAGUCACACAUUUUAUUGAAUACAGCCCAUGUUACAAAGAAUGGAGAAGGUCUGCAAGGAUUGAUAACGCUGUGAAUAUAUUUAUGUAUUAGUGUAAGGGAUAAAAGUAUAGUCACAUGUGACAAUCUGGUCUUGUGGGUGGUGGGUCUGGAGAUUGGCUAAGAGUGAGGAUUGACAGGAGGAUAUCUGAUGUUCAGACAGCAGGCAGAUAUCCUAGAGACCAUGUUACAUGUAGGUGGUGUCUGUCUGCUUUACAAUUUGAUACCAAUAUAGCCACAAAGUGAAAUCAUGGGGAUUUGUUACUGUUGACCCUUGCAUUGCUGUUUUACUACAUGUUGGGCCAAUUAUGUACAGUUUUAUUCUCUGUAUAUAAUAAUAGGAAAUUUGUCUCUGUUGUAUAUAAUUGUAAAGGGACUGGGUAUUAUGCAAUCUAAUGAUUUAUAGUGCAAUGAAAUAAUAAAAUAACUUGUGCCUCUGGUUAUUUGUUACGAUUCGUGGAUCUGUAAUAGCGAUGAUAACCAAUCUGUGUACAAGAGACUUUGGUGGGACAGUCGUGUUUCUGUGUGAUGCUGAAUAUGUUUAUUGACAUUUACUCGUCGCACUUUACUUUCAGGGUCUCUGCAAUUAGCCAGAGCUCCCAUCUUGUAGAAUCUAGGAAUGGCAGAAGGGUAAACCCCCAGAUGUUGUAGGAUCUCCAAUCUCAUGAUACCUUAUUAGCCUUUUGCUGGCAAAGCAUCAUGGGUGUUGUAGUUCUACAAAGCUUAAAAUGAUUGGGGAUCGUUUUUCCUCCUGCCUCACCCAACCAUGCAGGCCAUUACAUGUGUAGCGAUAUUACUGGCGUGUUUUGCUUCACAAAGUUUGCCUUUAAAAGACAGAACAGGCAGGUCCUCACUCAGAAUAGUAACUGUAUGGGGGGGAGGAAUGGAGGAACUGGAGGGGGCAAGAUAUGAAGUUCAUGUUUGAUGUGAAACAGGAGAUGUGCCUGGGGAGUUUCCAGUGUCCAAACCUCGCGCUUACUCCAGUAAAAUAAAUAUAAAUGAUGUUCCAUUUUAGUCGGCUGUAAUCUGGCAUAUUGCUACCAAGUUUGCGUUCUGAAUAUAGAUCCAUAUUAAUCAUCCUUAGAACCACUCUAGUGCAGAGUAUUCUAUUUGGAGCAAUCGCCAUAGCAACCAAUGUAUUGCUUCUGCUGAUGGCUCCAUAUAAAGCACUUUGUCCUGGACCUUACUGACUAAGGUGUAAUUCUCUCCGCUCAUUGAUGUGGUUUAUUUUGUGGACAGUUGGAGGUGAAUAGUCUUUUUCAGCGUGUUUGUAGUGCUCUGGUAACUUACCUGUUCUGCUAUUACUAAAUUAAGAAGUACAAUUAUCUCAAUGGAAUGGAAAUGUUUAAACAUGUACUUAGCUUCCUGCAGCUGAGAGGGGCUAUACAUGACUGGCUGAGAGCAUCAGCUGUACUCGCUCUCAUCCAAUAAGUGUGCGCAUGUAUUGGCCAUGCUUGGUCUACAGAGACAUCUGGAUGCUGCAUUGGGAUCCUGGGGGACCCAGAUAAGUUUUCAAACUAUUUUAAUCUGAUUUGACAAAUUACAGGGGCUGUUUCUUAGCACUAUAACUGCCACAGCGGGCUGUAGUGGUUAUGGUGCAUGGAGAGUUACUUUAAUGCAUUGCUUUGUAUCCCUAUGUUAAUUGGGAUACAGAGGGUUAAACCUUAAUUAGAGUGCUGUGAUUAGCUCCAGAGACUGCACAGAGGAAGGAUAUCUCUCACUUCUACUCAGUAAAAAAACAAUUCUAGCUUCUCAAUUAAAAAUGGAUCACCCAAAAUCCCUUCCUGUUCUAGUCACUAAACCAGAGACUGUGAAGAACUGACAACGGAUUUGCUAUAUAUAGGCUUCAAAAGCCAAGCUGUGAAAAGCAGCGGUGUUAGCUUGGUUUAUCCUCACAAAAUGUGAAUUCAGUCUUCAACUCACUACAAAGGGAGUCUGGCAAACAACCAGUUAAUAUGAUGUUCUAACAAGGAAAGUUCCAUCUCUCAAAUCUCCAGCUUGUGUUCCCAAGCCCCAUCUAUGGUAUAUAUAGUGUAUAUAAUAACUGGUGCCAUAUCGUAUAGAAACAUGGCACCCCUUUUCUCUGCUCCCGAACUACAAUUCUCAUACUUCUCGGUCAGCCUGACACUCCGAUGUGUGGGAUUUAAUAGCCAAGACUUGAAGUACGGGCAGUGCAUUUCAAACCCAUCUUUCAAUGAUGGGGUUAAUACUGGAAACCCAAUGACACAGGUCAUUUCAGUUCAUUCUCGAAUAGCCGCCAUCAUUACUCUAAGCAAAAAAUAUGGAAAAUUGGUGUUAUUUAAUGAGAGAAAUGUUCAAACUGUUUCACAAAACUUGGAUUCUUUAACAGUGUAGUGGUUUAAAGUAGCACUAAUAUUAAAAAAAUAUAUAUAUCAUUAUUUUUGUAGGGUUUUUCUUUUACACUACUGUCCACUCAAAAAAAAAAAAAAAACGUACCCUUCCUCCUGCAUCAGGACACUCUCCUCUCUAUAGCUGCUCCUGCUCGGGUGAUGUCAUGAGUUUUGAUGACUUUUAUCCAAUCUAACACUUCUAAUAUGGUAUCACACUCCACCAUUGUAAUGCUUCUCAUAGUGUCCCUUUAAUUACAGAAAUUGUAUUAACGCAAUCUAAAGAAGGUUGGACCUCCCAGGCAUCCUGAUUAGCUGCACCUUGGCCUCGUUUUUCCUUUGCAGGGCUAUGUAAAGAUUUAGCAAUGCUGUGGGUUAUUAAAGGACACAGUGUACAGAUAUAUUGCAGACAGGGCUUAAAAUAACCUCUAACCAUUGGCGAGUGCAUAUGUUCUUGCAUUGAGUAGAAAUUCAUUCUUGUUAAGUGUGCCAGGGACCCUCCAGGCUUCUCCCGGCUAGUAACGUUUAAGGCCUGGCUUGUAGACUAGGAUUUGUAAUGUUAAUCUCUGCUGUAGAUACAUAACUUGUAUAGAUACAUUGCAUACCAACCAAAACUUCAAGAGCACUCACAGGGUAUGUUUAUACUGUGAUACUGAGAAGUCUGCUUUAAAUUCCUGACAAACCCCCCAGGUGGCUGUCCUACCCCGGCCCAUGGGGUUUCAGGAAUGUUCUCUAUUAUUUUUGGGUGGGCUGAUCUGUAACUUGAUGCCCCUAUAGAAAGUCCAAAGCUGAGCACUCCAUGCACAUGGCCGAUUAACCCCUUCAGGAUUAAAGAUGUGCUAGAAUUCUUGUGAUAAUAAAGCCUGGUCCUAUCCCUGGGGCAUAAUGACAAUUGUCUGUGUGAGGAAGGGGGGAUGGAGGUUUUUGUCUUGCUAAAAAGGCCAGGCCUCACCCACCCGAUCCAUUGUCUUUGUAAUGUGAGACAGGGAGAGGAUCAGAUCUCAGUUAAUAUCUUUUCCAAUAAAUCCCUCGCCUGCAAACUUCUUGCUAGAGUUGUUACAUAACUGUUUGGCUACCUGUGCCUUCACAUCCCGCGGGCAGAGGAAGCCAAUAUUUCGCCCUCUGGUUAGGGCUGACACAGGGAUUUUAUAUAAUAAACUUCCUGUAAAGGUGAAGACGUGAGAGCUGAAUUAGUUAUAAUAUAUGUCUGACGUAUGUGAUUUGUGUAGGUGUGCCAGCGUGAACUGCUGAUCUGGAAUUUCUACCUCCGGUUUAACGUUGGCACAGUGACCAUGUUCUCAGUGCUGUUGGUAUUUGCAUAAAUGACGCUGCCCCGCAGUACGUAGCAUUCAAUUAUUCAUGGAAAGGGAACCCCCUUAUUGAUACAUUGUCUCCACAUUGUUUGCACAAUCUUGUUUUAAUUUGUUUCUCCUAAUAUUAAAGAAAAUAAUAAGUGUAGUAAAUGACCCAAAUCCUAUUUAAAAAAAAUAAAAAUUGUCAGAAGUAAUUUACAAGUUAAGCAAAAUUUUGAAACCCUAUCUCCCUAGUUCUCAUAUAUGCGAUGACACGUGCCAAAGGCCAGUUCAUCACAGAAAGGGAAUUCUGAAUAAUUAUUUAUUUGGGUAUACGGUUUCAUUGUUGGUGCAGUUCCACCCACUCUUACUAUAAAUACGCGUAGUAUUAUAAACAUUGUCAUUAUUACUUUCAAAUUCUACAAUAAUGAGCUAGAACUCUAUUUAUACAUUUCGUUCUGCUUUUGUUAUGUGACAGGAGAUGGCACUGGUAGCUUAAAAGCCAAUGACAUGGCUACAAAAUCAAUUGAACAUGUUUUGUUUAAGACUAUUGCGUGAAGAAUUUUAUUUAUUUAUUACUGGCAUUUAUAAAGCGCCGAUAUAUUCCAGAGUGCUGUACAAUUGGGGAUAAAACAGCAAAAUAUAAACCAACCAAUGCAAGGGGUAAAGAUGGCCUUGCCUGCCAGCGGAGAUCUGGCCACUGAAGAUUUUUGCUAGAGAGCGCGUGAGCUUACAAUCGAAAGGUUAAAUCGAGGAGAUGAGACAAGAGUUGGCAGGGAGAAUUAAUAGUAGAAUUACAGUAACCGGUAACAUGUGAAGAGAAUGAGGAAGUGAUUAACUGUGGUGUCAAACAGCUGGAAGAGCAUUCUAUAAUGUUAGAAGGAAUCUGUGGGAAUCUAUUUUGAUUUGGGACUGCUCUUAUGGGGGGAUCAAUGGUAGAUAUUCACUCUGCAAUGGCACAAGUGAGCAAAGACUAUUUUGAGACCUGAGUGGGCAUAUACUGAAGGGCAAGGUACUGAGUUUCUCUAAGCCUUUAUCCGUUCUCAUAUUCUCUGUCUUUCUGGAAUUGGGCCUAGUGAAAGAGAUGCACAGUUAUUUGGAGGAAUUUACAGCUUGGUUUGGGGGCGGCAAGCAGUGGGAGGGGGGGUAGAGUAGCCAUUUGUUGUAUACAAUUGAUAUAUUUGCCAACCAAAGUGUAUCAGCCAAGACAUUAAUUACUACAUGUAACUGCAAGUACAACAUAUUACAGUAGUAAACUAUAGGUAAAAACAGUAAAUAAAGAAUGUGGUAACAGGUGAAAUAUCUUCCAAAUUUUAGUCAGUACCUUAACGGGACUAUAGUCACCCCAACAACUACAGCUUGUAGUAGUUCUAGGGUCUGUAGCCUGUCCCUGGAAAGGCAGUGUUUACAUUGGUGCCUAUUAACACCUUUCAGACCGCCUCUGGAAGCUGAACUCUGACUAAGAGGCCGUCUGAAAGGUGUUCUCUGCAUGGAGGCCCUGAACGUUCCCCCAUAGAGAUGCAUUGAUCCAGUGUUUCUCUAGGAGAUGCUGUGCAUGCACAUUAUACUCCCAAUGCUUUCCUAUGGGAAAUCAUUGGAUUGGCUGAGAUCAUCAAGAUUGAUGAUCUCAAUCAUGGAGGUGGGUCCAGCCACAGCAAGACCAGUGGGGCACGGGAAAAAAGGCGAGUAAAAUAACAUUUUCAGGCGAUCGGAGUGGGGCUGGCCACCUAAACAGCCACACCAGCAGUGUAAUGUUAGGAAUACGUGUUUGUAUUCUCUUUAAAGUUGCUGGGAGCCGUGUAAAUGAAUGGUCUUUGUUUCAGUAGCUUUGUGAAAUUGGACCAUAAAGUUGCAGGGAGGAAGAGAAACGUUUAUGAUGCGAAGUAGAACUAAAGUAAAGUAGUUGUGUCAACAUUGUGACACUAAUAGUAGUUAAGUGUAAUUUGGCACAGCAGAAUCCUGCUUACUAGUAGAAAUGCUUUCAACAUCACGAGGAAGGUGAAAUGUCAUUAUCUAAUUCAGGCUGAGGAGGUGGGGAAAUUGGUCUCGUAGAGGAACAAACACCACAACCACUAUAAUACAUUGUAGUGAUAGAAUAAGCAUAUGUUGUAAUACUUGGAAUGUCACAAAUCUGUAUUUCUAAUGCUUUAGUGUCCUUGUGACACGUCACAGAGCUUGCGUUGAUUCAUCGAUCAUUGGUCCAAUACAAUGCUCCUCAGAGAGGACCAUUGGGGACCUGAUGUGCAUGCAUUUUAAGUUAGGUAAGGGCUUCUUCACUGAAGUCACCCGCUCCCCCUAAAAGUAUGUCAGUAUGCUUGCUAAAAUCCACUGCAAUCUCCUCUAAUCUAUAAAGAAACAAUGGAUUGAAAUAAGGCAUAUUCAGCCAAACACCUCACUCCUCCAAUCAAAUAAUCAGCAGCCAUUGAGUCCAGGGCUCUGGAGGAUGAAGUGCCUCUAGUGGCAGUCAGAUAAAACAACCACUAGAGUUGUUACCCCACAAUGUAAGAAUUGCAGUUCUACAAAAACUUUACAUUGCAGGGUUAAACCUGCCAGAUCCCUGCACCCAGAUCACUUUGUUGAGAUGAUGUUGUCUGGGUGACUUUAAUGUUCCUUUUAAUUAUGGUCACAGUAUGAGUGAAUGGGUGGGGGUGUCGUCAGCCUGGUCUAGAUAUUGCUAAUAACCCGUUUAUAACCUCUGGUCUAGAUAUCGUGACUACGAGAUCUCUGUAUUAAAGACAGUUUAAAUGUAAAGUCUUGCUGGAUGCAGAAACGCAAAAACUCAUUUUACAAAAAGGGGGGGCGGGGAGGGGAAUUCCUGUUAUUAGAAACAUAGAAACAUAGAAUGUGACGGCAGAUAAGAACCAUUCGGCCCAUCUAGUCUGCCCAAUUUUCUAAAUACUUUCAUUAGUCCCUAGUCUUAUCUUAUAGUUAGGAUAGCCUUAUGCCUAUCCAACGCAUGCUUAAACUCCUUUACUGUGUUAACCUCUACCACUUCAGCUGGAAGGCUAUUCCAUGCAUCCACUACCCUCUCAGUAAAGUAAUACUUCCUGAUAUUAUUUUUAAACCUUUGUCCCUCUAAUUUAAGACUAUGUCCUCUUGUUGUGGUAGUUUUUCUUCUUUUAAAUAUAGUCUCCUCCUUUACUGUGUUGAUUCCCUUUUAUAUAUUUAAAUGUUUCUAUCAUAUCCCCCCUGUCUCGUCUUUCCUCCAAGCUAUACAUGUUAAGAUCCUUUAACCUUUCCUGGUAAGUUUUAUCCCGCAAUCCAUGAACCAGUUUAGUAGCCCUUCUCUGAACCCUCUCUAAGGUAUCAAUAUCCUUCUGAAGAUACGGUCUCCAGUACUGUGUACAAUACUCCAAGUGAGGUCUCACCAGUGUUCUGUACAAUGGCAUGAGCACUUCCCACUUUCUACUGCCAAUACCUCUCCCUAUACUACCAAGCAUUCUGCUAGCAUUUCCUGCUGCUCUAUUACAUUGUCUGCCUACCUUUAAGUCAUCAGAAAUAAUCACCCCUAUAUCUCUUUCCUCAGAUGUUGAGGUUAGGACUAUCAAAUAUUCUGUACUCUACCCUUGGGUUUUUACGUCCAAGAUGCAUUAUCUUGCACUUAUCCACAUUAAAUGUCAGUUGCCACAAUUCUGACCAUUUUUCUAGUUUACCUAAAUCAUUUGUUAUUUGGCUUAUCCCUCCUGGGACAUCAACCCUGUUACAUAUCUUAGUAUCAUCAGCAAAAAUACAUACAUUACCAUCAAGACCUUCUGCAAUAUCACUAAUAAAAAUAUUAAAGAGAAUGGGUCCAAGUACAGUUAUUUUGGAAAAAUCACCAAAAUAUGAAAUACACAUUCAGGUGCGUAAUAAGCCGUUAACAUAAAGAGCAGAGAAUGAAACUUUAUUUUCCCCAGCGUUUAUCUGUUGUCAGUCUGUGAGUCUGUGGCAAUAGAUAAGGGCAGAUCUGUGUAUUGCUGGCAAUCCUCGCCAUGAUAUGGAUGUUUUUUUUUUUUUCUAUGACGUGUAUGUACGUGGUACAAUUUGAGGGAUCAGCAGCAUUCAGGUACUUUGUGGGGCGCAUACUUGAAAACAAGAGAAAUCUCAAUGUAUCUUUCUUGGUAAAAUAUUUUAUAAAUAAAUAUGGCUUUAUUUGCAAAUUAUAUGCUGACUUUAAUCUACCACUGUCUGUAUGUAUCAUGGAUUGACGACACCUACUGUGUAAGGCUGGAUACAUGGAAGUCAGAUAUAUGUACAGACAGCACUCUUUCAGCUUGAACUGAAUAUCCAGCUUCUAAAUGUUCAUUUUUACCCAACUCAGUGGAAGUGUGUUACUGAUUUCUGGGUUAAUGGUGGACAGACACGACCUUGCCAAGGGUUUGACACAGGUACUGCUUAUAACGCUGUAACUACUAAAUAAAUAUUUUAAACCAAUGUAGUGGCAUUUCGUACUUUUCAAGCCUGUCCAGGAAUGCAGGUUACAUGUUUUAACAUACAAAGUGUUGGCACAUGUUGGCAUUUUUCAUGUGAUCUGAUCAUGGAUACACAGAGCUGGUCUUCGGAUUGGUGGACGAUUUGAUGUUCUCCAGUUGAGUAGGCUACUUGACCCUUCUAUGCAAAACCUGUUACAUGGUGUCCAGCUGGGACAAUUACCAGAGAAAUGGGAACAACAAUGACUGUCCAACCUUGGCUAAUCCGAGGGCCGCAUUAAAAAAACAAGAUUUAUCCGGGGGCCACGCGCAAAGUUAUACAUUAAUUACGUACCUUAUGGUAUUUGUUAUUAAAAAAAGCAUUACAUGUUUAUGAAUAAAUACUUUUUAAUAGAAAAAUAACUGGUGACAAAUGUAAGCAUGUUUUGCUUGUUUGUGUAUAUAUAUGUAUUCGUGUGUAGAGUUGCCAUUUGAAUGCAGUUGUAUGUUUGUGUGUACUAUUUGAAAGCAGUGGUGUACUUGUGUUCAGUGUUUUGAAUGUGUUUGUUUGUAGAGUUGGAAUUUGAUUUGCUGGGAUGUAUGCGCAUACACUACCCCGCACAUACACACUGAAACACACUAGGGUACAUACACUGACACACAUACUGACACGCAUUGAUACACACUGACUCAUACACACACACACACACACACAAUUACUGCACUUUCUGUCCCUUAUACUGUACUGUAACGUGCUAAGUACACCUAUUGGUGUAAAUAAAGUAUAUACACUGUGCACCUACUGCACUUUCUGUCCCUUAUACUGUAAUGUAACCUGUAAAGUUCUAAGUACACCUAUUGGUGUAAAUAAAGUAUAUGCACUGUGUACCUACUGCACUUUCUGUCCCUAUACCGUAAUGUAACCUGUAACGUGCUAAGUACACCUAUUGGUGUAAAUAAAGUAUAUACACUGUGCACCUACUGCACUUUCUGUCCUUAUACUGUAAUGUAACCUGUAAAGUGCUAAGUACACCUGUGCUCUAGAUAAACGAUGCACACAGUUUCUGUAAAGCUGAGUGCAGUCCCCAGUGGCUGCUUGCUCGUUCCAUUAGGGCUACAUACGUUCUCGGAUGAUGCAGUGAUUUACAAUGUUGGCUUUUAAUAUCCCAGAGCUAAAAAUAGCGCAAGUCAGCUCUAGCGUAUCCUAUAUCCAAUCACGUUUUUCAGAUGUAUGGCGUUUCCAUUUAAUCUUGAAGUUGUGAUUUAUUUCUUUAUUUUUAUAUCCCUGAAUGACGUCAGAGGUUCAUUUAAUGAAUCAAUGUGUACCAUGUGUGAAAUGGGCCCUGAUUGGAUUGAUCAUUGGAGGGUCUCAGUUCAGUCAUUCCUCAUGCAGGAUGGUUUCAAAGCCUCCUGUCUAAUGAGAGAAGAGUCCUCUAAACAUGAAUACACUGCCCUGCCUGUCCAGGGUUUCAUUAGCUGGAGUGUCUCCUGUGCAUAGCCCUGCAUUAUAGAGUACGAUGUGAAACCAGACACCCAGUACCCUUCGCUCAGAAUCCCCUUGCAUUAUUCAUUGAUUCAGCGUCAGUCUGAGCGCCUUUUGUCUUCCACACAAUGCAAGACAUUCAGAGUAAAAUGAGCACUCUAACCCUCUCUAAUAUUUCAGUAAGCUCCCACUUGGAAAUGCCCCACCAUGCACCAUAACCACUAAACACAAGUGUUGGCUGAGAGUAAUGGGAGCUGUAAUUGCCUAAUUGUUAGACACACAAUGAUAAAAAGUAUUGGUUUGAAGCUUCAACUCCGACUCAAAAAUGGCUUUAAAAAAAGGUAUGUUUGCAGAGUACGAGGGUGAGAGCUAUGAGUGAUAUAACUGUAAUGCAAUUAUUAUUAUUUACUUGUAUUUGAGCACACUGUUAUCAUUUUCAAAGAGUCUGACUGCAAGUUGUUCUGAAGCACUGAGGAUCAACCAUCUCCAGCUAUGUGGACAUACUACUAUUAAAUGCUAAUCAAUGCCCUUUACUUGGCACAGUCCAACUGGUGACCCCUCACACCAGCUGUCUGAAUAAUGGAGAGGGCAGCUUUAUUUCAUUCAGAUUUCAUGCCAAUCAGGCAGAGCAGGAUUAACAACAAGGUGUCCUUAGGGGGCCACCGAGGGCUCAGGAUUAGACAGGGACCCCAGAACCAGGAAUUUGCUUUGCCUGUCUGAAGAAUGGAGGGCCCUGUGGGAUUUUACUCUUUCUCCGCAGUCAGGAUGGGAGGAAUAUCCCAAGCUUGGCACUUUUCAUAAAGCUGAGUUAUAGCGGCUCGAGGUCUGUUUGAUAUUCCUUCAUGUAUUCAGGUGGAAGACAGGCUUCAAAGUCGAGGUUGGUUGCAUUCGCCGCAUUGUAAUGAUGCAUAGUGCUCAGGCUAUUUAUAGAUCUCACUGUACAGCAUUCAGCUAGCUCCUGUCGCAUGUCCUGCAUUCAGUGUGCUGCAGCCUUUCUCGGAGCAGGUUGCAAAGAAUGUUCUUAACUGAUCACAAGGUCAGCGAACAGAGGUAAGGUAUGAAGAGACUGCAUCAAAUUCAAGCCAUCCAUUAAUAUUCCGCUAAUCGUUAGUUCUGCAUUGCCAGAGUUAUCUGCUCCAAGUCCUCAUGCUUUAUGCCGGCAGUAAUGUGCAUUUAGUAUUUUGGGCAAAGAAUAGUUCUUCAUAAGUGACCCUCAAAGUUCUAAAAGUGAAUCAAUCACCAUGGAAACAACAGUAUUUCUGCUGAUUGCUCCACUUAUUGAAGAAACCGUCUAAGCCCCCAGAUAACUAACUCUUAAUGACGGCACCCUGUUUCCUUACUCAGACAACGUAAAGCAUUGCUAUUACUAAGAAAUGGCAAUCUUUAUGUUUUCCAGAACAUGCCUCUAAUGGAUGUCUGACUGCCAGACAUUAGAGGCACUUCCUAACGACCUUCAUUCCUGAGUCUAAAGUCAUCACAUAUAGCAUCACCACAGCAGCCUGAGUAUGUCAAACACGUCCACUGCUUCUCAGGGAGAAUCAUAGGAUUAUUAUUAUUUUAUAAUUUAUAUAGCGCCAUCAGAUUCCAUAGCGCUGUACAAUGGGAUUCAAUCAGAGAAGCAUGGGAUUCAAUAUGAGAAGGAUGAGAUUCCGUAUAAGGAGCAUGGGAUUCAAUUUGAGAAGGAUGAGAUUCAGUAUAAAGAGCAUGGGAUUCAAUAUGAGAAGGAUGAGAUUCAAUAUAAAGAGCAUGGGAUUCAAUAUGAGAAGGAUGAGAUUCAAUAUAAAGAGCAUGGGAUUCAAUAUGAGAAGGAUGAGAUUCAGUAUAAAGAGCAUGGGAUUCAAUAUGAGAAGGAUGAGAUUCAAUAUAAAGAGCAUGGGAUUCAAUAUGAGAAGGAUGAGAUUCAGUAUAAAGAGCAUGGGAUUCAAUAUGAGAAGGAUGAGAUUCAGUAUAAAGAGCAUGGGAUUCAAUAUGAGAAGGAUGAGAUUCAGUAUAAAGAGCAUGGGAUUCAAUAUGAGAAGGAUGAGAUUCAAUAUAAAGAGCAUGGGAUUCAGUAUGAGAAGCAUGGGAUUCAGUAUUAGAAGCAUGGGAUUCAGUAUAAGGAGCAUGGGAUUCAAUAUGAGAUUCAGUAUUAGAAGGAUGAGAUUCAGUAUGAGAACAUGGAAUUCAAUAUGAGAAGCAUGAAGCUGGCAGAGUCCAGUGAUUGCUACGCAUGUCCCAUAUGGCCACAGUGUUUCUCACUCUGGACAAAGUAAUCAGAACUGAUGGCGUUUUAUAAGGAUUAUGAGUUAUAGGUAAUUCGUGCAUGGGAUCAUGCUGAAGGUAGAGCUGUUCACGUUGCAUGUUUACAGUACAUAAAGGAGAAGGUAAACUAUAAACAUAUAAACCGUGUUUGUGUUCUCAGUAUCUGCAGGUAUUUGUUGUAAUGUGAUUUAUUUAUUUUUAAUAUUGAAGGUGGAAGACAAGGCUGGGUUCAGAUCACUCCCUGUCUUCAGAGCAUGGUCUGUGGCCUCGGGCAUCCUUCAUUACACUUCCCUUUUAAUGUACUUUUCUACAUGCAAAUUAUUACAAGAAAAUUAACCUAUUGUGUAAUCAUGGACUACCUUUCCCAUGAUGCUCUUGCUGCAGAGCUCUGUGACCCUGUAUUGAAUACCGUGAGUUUUAUUGCUGUAGAGCUCUGUGACCCUGUAUUGAAUACUGUGAGUUUUAUUGCUGUGGAGCUCUGUGACGCUUUAUUGAAUACCGUGAGUUUUAUUGCUGUAGAGCUCUGUGACCCUGUAUUGAAUACUGUGAGUUUUAUUGCUGUGGAGCUCUGUGACCCUGUAUUGAAUACCGUGAGUUUUAUUCCUGUAGAGCUCUGUGACCCUGUAUUGAAUACUGUGAGUUUUAUUGCUGUGGAGCUCUGUGACGCUGUAUUGAAUACUGUGAGUUUUAUUGCUGCGGAGCUCUGUUACCCCGUAUUGAAUACUGUGAGUUUUAUUGCUGUAGAGCUCUGUGACGCUGUAUUGAAUACUGUGAGUUUUAUUGCUGCGGAGCUCUGUGACCCUGUAUUGAAUACUGUGAGUUUUAUUGCUGUGGAGCUCUGUGACCCUGUAUUGAAUACUGUGAGUUUUAUUGCUGCGGAGCUCUGUGACCCUGUAUUGAAUACUGUGAGUUUUUUAUUGCUGCGGAGCUCUGUGACCCUGUAUUGAAUACUGUGAGUUUUUUAUUGCUGCGGAGCUCUGUGACCCUGUAUUGAAUACUGUGAGUUUUAUUGCUGUGGAGCUCUGUGACCCCGUAUUGAAUACUGUGAGUUUUAUUGCCCGGCCUAUGCUUUUAGGAGAGCUGGGUAAACCUGAAUAACAACCUGCUUUCUUGGAAGGAUAUCACUUUGUCCUUAAACAGGAAACUUGCACUAUUACUUCACACUGUGUACAUUAUGGAAACCCCUCUCGCUGGACAGGAACCAGACAGGAUUUCCUCAUACUUAUUGAAUAUUAUUUACCAGCUUCUUGUAACUAUUUAAAGAUUAGCAGUGACCGCAUGCAAUGCCAUUCAUGGAUGGGAGAAUCUGUGUCUAAACUUCAUUCAUCCUAAGUUACACUGAUCUGUUCUCUACAUGACGCUCAGCGUCCGACGCGUGUAACGUCUGUAGACUUGCCGCACUCACAUGGUGAUUGGUUGGGCAGAGAUUUGGGAAAGAUCCUCAAUGUGCACUUUAGUGGCAGCUUGGCCUUUGUAUCCCAUGUUUUACAGAAUAUCCCCAUGGCUCAGACUGUACAUAUGGGAAUCGCAGAACUGAAAUGAAAAUAAAGCAAUAGCAGAUCAUCGUUUCAGCUUCUCCUAGAUUGCUGAAAUAAAGCUUUAUUAAGUCAUUUUAUCUGAAAUGGCACACACUGUAUAAAUAUCAUUUUUAGGUCCCAUUUUAAACCAGAAUCCCUAAUAAAAUAUUAAAUGAAUAUUAUCCUUAACACAAGCUGUAAAUGUGAGCAGAAUCUGUGGCUUCUUUGUAAAUAAUGUUUAAAUCCAGGCCUGUCAUUUUCUGAACAUUUUCUCCGGGGAGCUGAUACUUCCUGGCUGCGACGAGGCUGUAAUUUCCUACACUAAGAUGCCUUCAGCCAGCCGUAAACGCCAUGGGGAAGGCAGGUGCUCAGGUGAUUCAGACCUGCUCACUUUCAGGUGAUGAGAGGACAAACGCCAACGUUUUGAUCUCUAAAUGGGCAGGUAUCAAGUACGGAACGCUGGAAUCUGAUUCACUAAAUUGUUAGUUUGUCUAAAAACUGGAUGAAAAUUGGAAAUAUUUCAGUUCGGCUACUAACGCUUUAACAUUCGCAAAAUGUACUCUUUUCCACAAAUCCUUAAGGGCUAAGCACCUUGGGAGUUGGUCUCCUGUAGGCCUCCCCUGGCUUAGAAUGUUGGUUCUGUUCUGUAUUAUGAGUGAUUAGAUGGUGUACACAGGAUAACCCUGUGGAUAUGGAAGCUGGGAGUCUGUUUAAAUAGUAACAUUCAUCACCAUGAAGGGAGCUUGAAGGACUGUGAGAUAUAUUGUGACGGAUUGUAUUCACAGUAAUCCCUGCAACGUGAUCCGUUUUUGGGUUCAGAUCUCAGCGAUACAGCAAACACUUGCUCUUUAAAAUGUGAUUAAGAAAGUCCAACAUUGAAAGUGGGGUGUUCACUAAACCCUGGCAGCUGAAAGUACAGGACACUUUGUUGUUUGAGACACAGUGGCAAAUUUGCUGGUCCUGCCACCCAGAGGUUUUUAAUUAAUAUUAACCUGUCUUACUAGCUGCACCCAGCAGGGCCUCUGCAAAUAAACCCACUAUAUUCAGCAAGCAGUGAGUUCCAGGCCAUCCCAUCCCAUAAUAUCCCUUCCCUGUUUCACCUCCUUCAAGUCCCACAAGCAAUGUAGUUACAAAGAAAAGGACAGAAUUGUAUAAAAAAAAUGUGGUGUGUAUGUUUGUUUGUUGCCUAAUUUGCGGCAUAGUGACCCUGUAAUUUAAAUUUGGAGCAUGGGUUUAAACCAUGGUGUGUUAGCAGUCCACUCUACAUGAAAUAUAUCCCAAAUGUUGAUAUUGCACAGGGAAGCAAUCUGUUAAGAAUUGCAGGAGGGUUAUCUGUAAGAACGCCUUGCUGUGCGCAAUAAUGGGAUUAUUUCUGUAAUGUUCAAAUUAUGGUAUAAACACUGUGCUUGGUUGCAUGACUUUUUGAUGAAUUAGGGGUGAUUCAUGUUUGGCAUAUUAUAAAGAAAAUCAAAUAAUCUGCACGUAUUAUUGCCUUGUGAUUUGUUGGGCAAGGUGCUGGUAGCUUAACAAUUUAAAUGUUGUUUGUUCUUUAUCUGUUCCAGACGGUGUGGCAAAGAACGUGCGUUAUUAACAUGAAGGGAAUGGAACGCUUUAUUUUAACGGCGAGUUUAUUAACCGUAAGUACUACAUUUUGUAUCCCAGUCACAAAUCAAACUGUAUGGAGCAUCCACUGAUACUCGUUAGCUUAAUACGUCUUAUUAAUAAUGCUUUGAAAGCCGUAAGCUAUGAACAUUAUUUGAACGCUACUAUACGAGUGCAACAUCAUUACAGCCACACAUAUGAUGGAGCCCUGUAAUGCUCAAGGGUAGGUUGUAUUAAGACACAAUCCAUACUUCUUUUUGGUACCUCUGCAUUCAGGUUGCUCUCAUUCAUAAUUAGCCAGCUGAGAGUGAUGAAUGUUGCAGCAAUUUGCAACUGCAUCAACGACAGGGGUUUAGGGGUAAAAUACUUCACUCUAAUGAUAUGCCAUCACAAUAGACAAAAUAGUGAUGGUGCUGAUAUAUUUGGAGAGGAGCUGAGGAGAUGCCCUCUAAUGUCCUUCCACAGCUCAUACUGCUCUUGGUAGGGGACUGUAGGACAGGUUUCCUAAGUCAGCACUGUCCACAUGGAUCAGGUAAGUUGGGAGGUAUUCUGGUGACAUAUAACCCAUCAUAUCUCUGGUAGUUGGGCAGGCCUGUUUUUGCUGUCAGUUUCAGUGUGUGAUUGUCCUGUCACUGACUGUUUAAUAAACCCUGCCCUGUAUACUAUGCAGAUUCACUUCCCUGAGGCUUUCAUGUCACAUCCUGUAACAGCUACUUCUAGCACCAUAAACAGGAUUUUAGGAGGACGUCAUUGUUACCCUCCUACUUCAUUCAGUGAGACCGGACAGACGGACUCCAUCUCUAGUCAAUGUUUCUAUGAAAUCCAUUAACGUCAAUAAAAAUUAUAAUUUAAAAAAAAAACGUUCUAGAAGCAUUAAUGCAAUUUAACUUUAAGCAUUUCUUGGCAUUUACAGUAGGAGAUGUAUAAAUCACACAGCAUCCAGCAAACUCGCUCACUCACAGGAGGAAGUAUUUCCCAUGUAACUGGCUUCAUCUCAUAAGAGCCGGCUUUGGGUUUGUAGGAUACGACCUGCCAAGAAUGGGGUGCAUUGGCUUGUGGCAGGCAGGCUUAUGCAAUGUAUGAUCAUAUACUUUAUGUAACUAAACCCACAAUUAUUAAAAACGACUAUUAAAUUUACUGGGCAGUUGGCAAAAUACUCAUUUACAGACUUCCUUAAUUGUGUUAAUAAGAUGGAAAAUUGUGCACAACUAAUGCUUGAAUCCAUCUCAAGAACUGUGAUAAGGAGGACACAGAGUAGCUACUUAAACUUUUUAAUUAUUGGACAUAGACAUGCAAUGCAGAAAACUAAAAAAUCUGACCCAUGUCUGCUAUCUGGAGAGAUGGACCAUGAAUCACGUUUUGGCCAUCAGGUGGCUGGCCAGGUGUGUUUGUAUUGUCUACCUGACGAAGAGAUGGCAGCAGGAUGCACUAUGGGAAGAAGGCAGGCCAGCGGAGGCAGUGUUAUGCUCUGGGCAAUGGUCUGCUAGGAAUUGGGAGUCCUGGAGAAUGGCCGUGGCAAUGUAGCCACGCCACUUAUUGCUCUUGACAACCUCUGUGAACCAGAUAUGAUCAGCUGAGCCACUUGGCCUUUUAAGCUUCAUCUAAACAACUCCUAAUUUGUGCCAGAUUCCCUGGUGAUUGUGUUAAUCUUAUUGUACCAGAAAUAGAUUGAUUUCAUGUUAUUAGAACACAGAUUGCUGAUUCAGUUCUUGUGUUGCUGGAUUGAGUGCAUUCCAGCCUCAGGGCCUGCAUCCUUUAUAUCAUUUCCUUAUUUCUGUUUUCUCUGACAAAGCCAUUCUUUCUCCCCAAACUGGUCUGUAAUCCUCACGCAGCUUUGUCAGAGAUGAUCUGUCUCCUCUGUAACUCUUUAUAAAUAGCUAUAUUCAGCCUCUCCCACAGCUAUAGACCGUAUAAUCCAACUGCAGAGCAUGGUGGGAAUUGUAGUUCCAGAGGUUGCCUAUUUACGCCCGCAAAAAAUUUAGUCUCUACAUCACAGACAGACACAGAAGGUAUUGUGUCACGGCCUGGUUCACUAUUGUAUCGUGCUCUGAACAUAAGAACUUUCUAUAAAAUAAACAAUGAAAGUCUCUGUAAGGUGGGUGAUGUAUGUGUGUUUAGAGUGGAUCUCAUUACAGGUCACCUCAAUGGCCCGUGGCUCUGAAUAAAAUGUGUUAAUUAAGGCAUGUGGUGUAAUUGUCUAUUAACAAGAUGGAAAAUGUUGCAUAAUUAAACACUACAUUUAUAAAUGUGAAGGUUUAUAUUUCUCUCUCUAAAAACAAAAUGUCAGCUAAGUUCCAUUUUGUACUUUGGCUAGUGUGUGUGUGUGUGUGUGUGUGUGUCUGUCCUAUGUCGUUUAGUAAAGGAUGUUUAAUUUGUACCAGAAUAGCCAGUGGGUAGAAUCCUCUGUCUCUAGGACCUGGCAGGUAGAAGGACUCCUCAUGACAAUCAAUGAUGUGAGCUAAAUGCGCUGAUAGUGAGGAUGCUGCCUGCUAAUGUUCUGUGGAAAGUUCCAUCACCCCAGCUGUAAUAUGCAGGGGACGCCUUGCGUGAAGGGGAAAGCAAGGGGGCCUUGAAUCUGCGGUGUGAGGUGCAGCAUCACUAGCCUGUCUCUGCAGGGAGUGCGUCUAUCCAUAGCGCAGAACUGUGAUGCAACCAUUAUUAGUUAAAAAUUGAGAACAUUAUUACAUCUUAUCUUCUGCCUCAAAUCAACAAAUGACAGUCAAACCAGAAAAUUUAACACUCAGGCAGCCACUUACUGGACUUUUGGCUAGAAAGGGUGAUGGGAGUUGUGUUGUUUUAGAUGGAAGUCUCUGUUUAAGAGGUGAUAAUGGGAUAAAGAUGGCCUCUAGUUCUCAUCUCCCCAGUCCCUUUAUGAGUCACAGGCACAGUUUUCUUCAAGGUGACUCUCCUGCAGUCACUGGUUCUUGGCCGAUGCUUGGUUUGUGGUAUUUGGAUAAAAUGUACAUCUCGGGUGAGCGCUCUAUAAAUACAUCUUACAGCAUCCCCGUCUCUUAUUAAUAUCCAGCUAGCGCUCCAUAGUCCUUUACUGUUUCUUUAUAGUGUUUAAUAUCUGUAUUUCUUGGUCCCUGUAAAGGAGUGUGAUGGUUCGUUAUAGCUAGGGUCCUGUCAUUUAUGAGAACUGUCUGAAUCAUGUUCAUUCUUUUUCUAUUAGUGGCAGCUUUGUGAUCCAUACUGAAAGCUCCAUUUCAUUCUCCCAAACAGACUUAUUGUACUUCUAUGCACUCACAUUUUAAAGAGAAAUUAUAGGCACCCAGACCACUUCUCCUCAACGAAGUGUAUAUUGUCUGUGAUGUGUGGAUGUAUAUGUGUAAUGCCUGCCUCAAUGAAGUGGUCUUGGUGCCAUACCCCUGGGUUUUUAACUCUGUAACCGAAAACAUUGCCAUGUUGUAGGAACGGAAUGUUUAAUUGCAGGGUUAACAAAUCUCUAGAGUUAAACUUAAUUUUGCUGCGCAUGCACACUAGCCUCCCAGUGUUUCUCUAAGGGGAAGCAUUUGAUUUGCUGAGCUAGUUAAGAUUAAAGGACCACUAUAGUGCCAGGAAAGCAAACUCGUUUUCCUGGCACUACGGUAUUAAUAGGUCCCCCCCACCCUCAGGGUUCCCCUCUUGCCAGGCUGAAGGGGAGGAAGGGGUUAAACGCUUACCUUUCUCCAGCGCCAGGCUCCCUCGGCGCUGGGGACUCUCCUCCUCCUUCGGACGUCAUCGGCUGAAUUCUCAAUGCUUUCCUAUGGACGCUGGUGUCUUCUCAUUGUGAAAACCACAGUAAAAGGCGCGGAAGCACCUCUAGCGGCUGUCAAUGAGUCAGCCACUAGAGGCUGGAUUAACCCAUAUGUAAACUGCUAUGUUUACAGCAGGCAGGGUUAAUCCUAGAUGGACCUGGCACCCAGACCACUUCAUUAAGCUGAAGUGGUCUGGGUGCCUAUAGUGGUCCUUUAAUGAUUUCCACCAGGAAUAGGGGGGUGCCGUGGGAUGUAAGGUCAGUAAAUCCUACACCGCUUAAAACCAGCCUCACAAAAAUAGGGGGAUCGUUCUUAAUUUCUCCUCGUACCAUAAUAACUACAAUAAACUAAUGGUACGUGCUAAGUAGGACAAGCACACAAGCGCAGAGAGAGCAUUUUGUCAUGUUAGCACUGGCUGUGCCUUGUCUGGAUUGGGAUGUAGUUUUGCAAAAUCUGUAUUCCUAUCACUAAAGUAUCACUCUGCCCCUGCAUCCCACCCCAUCCUGAUUCCUGUGCUGACCUCAAUGGGCGCUUGGUCGCUUUUCACCUCCUCCGACGUCAGCUGCAUAGGUAUCAGGGUUCCCCCAUAGGUAUCAGGGUUCCCCCAUAGGUAAGCAAUCUGCUUUCUAAUGGGGUUUUUGAAGAUGCUGGAUGACCUGAUGCAAAGCAUGAGGACGUCCAGUGUCGAUUAACUGAGUCAAACUCUGAGUGAAACAGCAGGAAGCGCCCCUAGUGGCUGUCUGGUAGAGGCAGUGCUAAUUCUGCAAUAUAAACAGUGCAGAGUCUCUGGAACUGGCUAACGGGAACAGGGACACUGCACCCAGACCACUUCAAUGAGAAAAAAUAUGCUGGGUGCCUAUAGUAUGGAGAAAGGAGAAUCUCAUGAAAAUAAAAAAUAUAGAACACUCUUCAAUGUUAUUUAAUGGUGUGAAAUCCAGAAACGGGAUGAGUUUUCUUGCCACCAUGCAAUCCUUCUCUAGAGGAUCUGAGAAUCGAAAUGGUCUGUGAGUACAUGUGUGUGCCAGCGGGUAUCCAGGCAGCACUUCUGUCCUAGGCACAGCUGUUAUUAUCUGGGUGAGAGGAGCAGAUGGUCUGUCUGUUACAUAGUGUUACUGAGGUGUAAACAAGCGGAGGUGUCUGGACAGAGAUCAAUAGGAGGCAACAUGAAAGGCAAACAGCAGUGAUCUGUACAGUAUAGCAGCGUGUUCACCGUAUGCAUGCCUCCUAUACGGGGUGCCUGGGGGCUCGCCCAGAACAUACCCCUCCUAGCUGAAUGCUGCGUUUAUUGGCUCUGCUGGUGGUAAACUGAUAAAUAUCUCUUCAUUUUCUGAGACCCAGGGUCUUGUCAAGGUUCGUGGCCAUUAAUUGAAAUGUGAAAGAUUUCUGGUAAACAUUGCCGGUUCUGGGACCCUAAACUGCAAACCCCCUCCUCAAUGAGUAUUUUCUCACCCCGUUUUUAAAUUUGAACUAUGAGAGAUCUUUGCCCCCACAGAGCUCCAUUUGCCUUUUAUUCCUUGCAGGGUAAUUAGAGAAUGGAAAGUGUGUUGUGUAGCUUUGCUAUGUAAAUUGAGAUUCUGGAAUCCUUUUAUCUCUGUAGAAUACCAAAUAUCACAGUGAUGCUAUGCCUGCUUCAUAGGUCAUCACCAUGUCACCAUGCUUGUUGGUGGGGUGUGUGUAUAUAUUUUAUUUUGAAUUAUUUGCCACUGUGCAGCCAUGCAUUGCUUGUGGGACAUGCAGGGUUUGCUGUCAUGUUUUGGGACAUGCAUGGCUGGUUGGCAUGUUUUGGGACAUGCAGGGUUCGUUGGCUUGUUUUGGGACAUGGAUGGCUUGUUGGCAUGUUUUAAGACAUGCAGGGUCCGUUGGCAUGUUUGGGGAAAUGCAGGGUUUGACAUGUUUUGGGACAUGCAUGGCUGGUUGGCAUGUUUGGGGAAAUGCAGGGUUCGUUGGCGUGUUUAGGGACAUGUAGGGUUUGUUGGCAUGCUUUGAGACAUGCAGGGUCCGUUAGCAUGUUUUGGGACUUGCAGGGUCCGUUAGAGUGUUUUGGGUCGUGCUGGAUUGGCUGUUGCCGGUGCAGAUAAUUUGUGGCAUAUGAACCAUAUGAAAGGAGUGGACAGUAAAUGUAAACCCUGAAUAUAGAACCACAGAUCCCCCGUUUUCAGCAUCUUUCAACUUUUCUGGUUUAAUAAUCUGCAAUGCUGUUUAUUUUAUUACCUAUGGUGGUAAAGGUUUACUAAUUGGCUGUGAGUGUAGGACACAGAGAAUCACAUUGAUCCAGGAGUCAGAUGGUUUCCUCUGUAGAAUUAACAGGGUAAGCAGAGUACACAUUGCCGUGUAUCAUCUCGCUUGUUAAACCUGUGUCCUCUGCUUAUUUAUAGAAUUCUCUUGCAGACAGACCCAGGUAGUGCGUGGGCCGCUGUGUGAAUGUGCCGUCAUGGAGACAGCAUUGCCAUAUACUGGGUACAGGGGGUGUUUAUAUAAAAAUAUUAAAAUCUAUAUGUGUAACCCUAUAUAAAAUAGUUGACUGCAUUACCCCAUAGGACCCGAGGGGGGCGUGUUGUGACCCAAAACAUGAGAAUUUGGCAUUUGAUGCCCCUGAAUAGCUCUCCCACGGGAAAACGUGCUGUUUGUUUUGUGUUUCACGCUGAAUUUGCCAGUGCUAGAUUUUUCUCUGGAGACCCCAUUAAUGAAAUACCAGAGGACAAGUGUGGGACAUUGCUGGAAUAGGGUGCUGUGCAUGUAUAGGAAGACUGCCUGUUGUGUUAUGUGUGUGGGAACGUUUUGCACGUGUGUCUAUGGACUGUAGUGAGUGCAUACGUAAAGGAGGAAGAAUGUAUGUAUGGGUUUUCAUAGUUUCUGUCUAUUCUGUUAUUCAGCAGUGAAUUUGGGAGGAACUCCCCCUAAUCAGAUAUGUCAUGGGGCUGCCUUGACAUUGGGGGGUUCCCCUCACUGCAUUGUAACAGUUAAAUCAGAUAUUACAGAGAAUAAAGCUUAAAUAAUGUCACCCAUUGAAAAGGCACAGAUUUGGCAUCUAAUAGCCUCCAGGCACCAUAACCUCUUCAAUGAGAUGCUUCUCUGAUCCAGGGUUAUUUUAUCACCAUGAAGGGUGACUCAGACCAAAUAAGAGACUUGUCUGUGUUGGAUCUGAAGUGUAAUCAGCAUUUGACAAAUGUAUAAAAAAGAUCAAAUUGAAGUGGAACUCUGUGCUUUGAAUAAAUUCUAAUAGAGGCCUUUUCUUUUUCUUCUUUUUAUAUGUAGCUACUGCUUUGGAGAGGAGGCUGCCAAUCAGACUGUGGUAAAUGGCAAUAUACAGAUGAAGGUGGGCACUGUGUGCCCUGUUUAGAAUGCCCUCUGGGAGAGGAACCAGAUGGGGUAAGUAGCCACAUGUCCUGGAGACUGGAAUACUUUGCCUAUAGUCCACGCCUUGCUCCUGAGGACAAUUGUGGGCUCCGUGACCUGGUAUCAACUACUACAUACCUUAUUUAGGAGUGACAGUCCCUAUUUUGGGACCAAAUCCCUCUGUCCCUCUUUUCUAGGAGCUCCACAGUGUCAGUGUGUUACACUGUAUAACAGAUUCAGAGCUAAAAAUCUCACAUUAAUGUACAUUUAAACACCCUUAUAGCCACACCACCUUAAAGGAACACUCCGGACCCCUAAAACACUUCAGUUAGCUGAAAUACUUUAUGAUACAUUUCAAAAGAAAUUGGCACUUUUAUAAAUGAAUCUUGUUAUACCCUCCCCCUUGACCUGCAAGCAGACAAUAGGUCUUGUUAUUUCCUGAUUUGUUUAGCUCAGUGGAGCUAAAAUCAAGAGGCAGCAAUUACUCCGGGCACCUGCCUUUCAAAGACUUCUCAUUGAGCUGCAUUGGCAAGUCUGUGAUUGGACAGCCACAGAAAGUCAGGGCUGGGUUAGAAGUGGAGGGCUUGUAAAGGCUGCAGACAAAAGAUCGAAAGGUUUUGCAAGCUGCUUUUAGAUAAACCCACCUCAAUGAAAAAUGCAUAAUCAACUACAUGCAUGUUUUCAUGUGGGGCAUAUCUACUAAACAGUGCUUUAUUUUUAUUUGGGCAGUGGAGUGCCUCUUUAAAUGAACGUGUUCCUCUUUGAGCAUUUGAAAUGAUGGGAGGCGGUGUACUUACUGUAUGCUCCAUAUUCUGCAGUUCAGGAGCCUUACUGCAUACUCCUACAUCACUAGUACAGACUGGAAACGUAGUCCGUAUUUGAACCAUUUAACCUUCCUCUUUUUUUGUGGCUUUUGGCUAAAACACACUUCUUAUAUGGAACUCUCCAAUAUUUCUUUGUAAUCAUGACGUUGACUUGGGCCUUCCGUCUGACUUAGGGAUCGUAUUUCUAUUUAGAAAAUUGUGUGUUAAUGGAAGUUAAUGAACUUCUCUCCGUUUGAUUGGCAGGUGUGCGGUUUCGGAACUGGUGCUGGUGUUACCUGUCAGAAGUGCGGCCCUGGAAUGUUCUCCAGCCAUUCUGGAAUAUCAUUCUGUAACCCACACACUCUGUGCGAAAAGCGUAAGAGGGUUCAGCUGAAGGCUGGGACUCCCACAUCAGACGCUCAGUGCGGAGACUGCCUGCCAGGGUAUGUUGUGUUCUCAUUUUUCAUUCACUAACUGUUAUGUGAAAAUCAUGAAAAACACAAGUCUACAAAAACUGCAAUAAAAAACCCAAAUAUAUAACAAAGUUAAAAAAAAAAUAAAAACUGCAAAAAACUAACUUAAUUAAACUAUUGGAUAAAAAUGAUUUAAAUCUCUUAUUUGUUCUUUCUUAGGUUUUUUUCUCCAGUGGGAAAGUCCAAAAGCAUAAGCACCUGUUUCCAAUGCGCACUGGCCCCUCCAGACACAGUAGGAUGUGAAGGUGAGCCGACCCCAUUCUUUGUUGGUAGCAGACAGUGUCCUCCUAAUUUUUACUAUUUGUAUGUCUCGUGAAAGGAGUUUGACAUGUUGUUCCUGUAAACUCUAAAUGGAUUUUGGGAUUAAAUUCUAGCUGGGGUUUUAUUUAAGUGAGACACGUUGAUUUGACACCACAUUCCAGUAACCAGAAGGAAGUUGUUAACGUUUCCCCAUACUCAUUGAAGCUUUUUUAUUUCCUUGUCGGAGGAGAAUUCACAUUGAUGUUACAGUGUGCCACAGAGUGUGACUCACUGUUAUGGUAAUAAAAAAAAUAAAAAAAAAAAACAACAAAUCUAUAAAUACUUUUUGAAAAAGCUGAAGCAGAAGGUUCUUGAAAAUAACUUGGCAUAAUUAGUGUUAUUUGUUGUUUUUGAUGAGCAUAUUAAAGCUCCCCUGUCAAAAGAAAUGUUCUUUAUAUUAAUGAUCUUUAUUCCUAAUAGACUGGUUACAUUAAGAGAAGGCCAAUCAUAUCAGUGAUGCCAUCUGUCUUGGCAUUUAUAGAUAUUUAGUCCGCACUCUAUCUGCUGAUGUCACCCUCCACAAGGAGGUUACUAUACACCCUACAGAGACAAAGACCAAGAUCUAAAUGUUGAAUAAAGUCUGGAAACAUUUAAGAUAAUCCUGUGAAAUAUCAAUAUUCCCUGUAAACCAUAAAACUCAUAGCUGCAAAUCCUGCUUUCAAAAUAUGGAGAGCCAUUCCUGGCGUGCUAAUCCUUUCAGAUGUCCCUGUAUAAUGGUACAGAUUAGUGUAACGGUUGGGUUAUCGGGUUCUCUACCUGUGCCUCCUCUCACCUGGGGCAAAUUGAGCACUCCUCCCACCCCUCCCCCCCACUUGAUGAAGUCAGAAAAACAAAGUGAUAAUUUGCUAAUAAAACAAAGGGUGUGUCAUUAACAAGAUCAGUGAAGCUCGUUAAUGGUGAAUACACUUACAUGGUAUAGCCUUCCCCGCACCUACCCCGAGCCUUCCCCGAAGACUAUAAAUUUGUUCAUUUAUAACUACAGAAACCUGUUCCUCACAAUAAUUAAAUCAGACAGACUCUGCGUGUAAUCACAGACUGCUUGCUGUAUUUAGUAAGCUACAAGUAAAAUAAAUCAUGGUUUUAUGUUUUAAUAAAGAAACAUUAUACAGAUCCUGUGGAUUACUUCCUACUUGGAUCGUAGAUGAUGUGAAAACAUUACUUUCCAUUAUCGUUGCAUGGUGUAUGGCAUGGUUGGUUCCUGUAUAACCUCAUGAUGUUAGUAUGUUUUAGCCCAGAAGUACCAAAGCGUAGAUCCUCCCAAGUCUGGCAUAGCAUCAUGGGGAUUGUAAAUCAAAAACUGCUGAGGAUCUACAUUUUUGGCCCCUUUUGCCAUAGCCUGUAAAUAAACCUGGUAUUUAGGAUCCAUGUCAAGUAUCAGUCUGUGAGAAAAUGAAGUAUAUUUGAAAUACAGAGCAAAGCAGUGUAACAGCGAAAAUUAUUAACCCUAAUAAUCAUCACCACAAGCAGAAAGUAAUCAAAAAAAAGUGAUAAAUGUGCUAAAAGUGAUGAAUGAUGUUCAGGAUUGUAUUAAAUAUAUGAACACAGACAUAUACCUCUUUCUGGUUUUAUAUCACCCUCUCGUUAAGCAGAACAGCGACCUAAAAUACAUAACAAUGAAUCUGUCAUUGUAAUCUGUUACACUGCAGCGUUUUUGCCCUUCCUGUCUUAGAUUAUCAUGGACAAUGUCUGUAUAUUUUUGUUCUCCAGGUUUACGGACACUCCGACCCCGACCACCACGCACCAUAGAUCCCUCCAGUACUUCUAAUAUCAAAAUGCCUUUAAACAACACACAGAAAGGAGUGAAGGAAGACUCUGGUACUGAGUAUGCUGUGCUUGCCAUUGUGCCCGUGUUUUGCAUGAUGGGGCUGAUGGGUAUUUUUCUCUGCAACCUGCUGAAAAAGAAGGGCUAUCAUUGCACGUCUCAGAAGGAACUUGACGAGGAAGAGGCCUCGCCAGAGAAGAAUGGUGAGUCUCUUUUAUUGUCCAGAGUCUGACCAGUCAAGAGAACCCAGAUUGCAGAGAUAACAAUACGAUCUAGAUAUAUAAAAAUUCUGAAGAAUGUGCUAGGUCAAAUUCUUACGGUAACAAUGGCCCAAAAUAUCUUGGUGUGUGACGUAAUAUUUUCCCUAAUUUGUCAUUUAAAAGAACAUCUCUCUUAAUCUGAGACCACAAAUGAGGUAACUGUAGAUACCUAGCUUUCUGCAUUCAGCAGAAAUUGACAUCUUAAAUAUCAGUUUUCUGCAUUGAGUGGAAGUUGCAGACAUUCAGAUCAAUUUUCAGGUAAAUAACUAGAGAUGGCAGGAGGUCCAUGGAUGGAUUUAAGGAUUUGUAGAGGAAAAUGUCCGCUCACAGCUUUUCCAUUCGUACAGUUUAAUUCCCCACUUAAUCCUCCAUCCUCUGGGAUUGUUUUAUUGAUCUUUAAGUUGGAUUGAGACGCAAUGUGUUGAGAAACAGAGGUGUCCUCUUGAGAUGUAUUUAUAGACCUUCCAGCUGAUGCAGGGUUGAAAGAUUUUGCAGCUGAAAGCCUAUUUUAAAGUCCCAAUGGACCUCCUAUUAGAUUUCAUUGCCUCAGAUACUGAAGUAGAUCGUAUGCUUUAUAAAGCUGCUCUCCUAGACGGUGUACAAGAGAUUCAUCUUCUAGAGAUGCUUUGCUCUCUCCUUGGACCAGGUAACCUCUUUGGUUGGGUAUUUGGAUAUUUUAAAAAGACACAAUUGAUGAGGGGGUUUUAAACAAAAUUAAUUGUGCCCUCUGCAGUUUGUGUAUUGAACAAUUUAUGUCCACAUUUAAAGUUAGGCUCCUCCCUGCGAGAGUCCCAUAUAUUUGUUUGACACCUAAUUUUAAGUCUUUGAAAUGUGUCUCUGCUGAAAUGAGGAUCCACAAAGUUCUUUGGGGAUUUGCAGAGACUUGUGCAGCAUGGAGAAAUGUAUCAUUGCUUGGUAAACAGAAUUUAGCCAUUGACAGGUUUGCAGAAAUGUAGGAUCCUCUUUGUCAUUCAGUGAUUUAAACUUGUGUUCUUCAAGCUGAUCCUCAGAACCCACUGACAGAUCAGGAUGUGAGACUAUACCAUGGGUACACAGCUGUCACUCUGGCAGUGACGGAGAUUAUAACUUACCUGCAUGAAAAUCUGCAGUGUUUGUGGGCCCUGAGCUCAGAUUCAAAGAAGGCUGCUGAUCAUGGCCUACAGUAUCUAAACAGAUUUAUGUAUCUAUGUUCCUGACAUGCAUUGGGUUCACCCUGCACCUGCAUUCGUCAGAACUGGUGGGAAAUUCGCUAUUCCCUGAUACCAUCUUACUUUCCCCAGUUCUCCGUAGCAGAGUACCUGGUGAAUCUGGGCUGGUUCUUAUCCUGGUCUUUUACUGGUGUGUUUCCCUACAGGUAUUAACCCGGCAUGCAUGUUGGAGGAGAAUGGUAAUGAAGAUACUAUUGGAGUCCUGGUGCGCCUUAUCACUGAAAAGAAAGGUGAGUGUAUUAGGGAGCUUGAUUACUUCACAUUUAGCCACGUCCAUGAAAGAUCUAAGGUCUCCAACCGGUCUUUUAAUAAAAUGUAACAAUGGUGCUUCAUUAUUACUGCUUGGUAAAAUACUUAAGUACAUACACAGAAGAACACUGUCUGAAAAGAAACAUAUAAACCAUUUAAUAACAAUGUUUGUAUCCGCCCACAAAUAAGCAGAUGUUUGCACACAAUAUGCGUUGUGUACAAUCGAUAAACAUUAUAUAUUUGUUUUUUUAGAAAUGGUAUACAACUUACACUAUUUUGUCUUUUGUCGACAGAAAAUGCAGUCGCAUUGGAAGAGUUACUAAAAGAAUAUCAAAGCAAACCGAUAUCACCAGUCAACAAGGCCUCCCAAAAGUAAGGAUGUCACGUGGUUACACAGAUGUUCAGAGAAUGUGAAGGAAUAUCGUCCUAACACUUACAGUAGUGAGAAAAUAGAGGCUUUAUUAAUGGCGGUAUGCCUUUAACCCAAGUAGACAGGUUACCAUCAAAAUCCUUGUGAAUUGUGUGUGAGCGUGUGAUUAAACACUGAUUUAUCCUAGCACAUCUAUAAAGCUAGUGAAAUCCAAAUACUAAUGGUAAUUCUUGAAAUACGUAUAAACAAGGGUUUUCCUCAGCCAGAUUCUGAGAGCUCUGAAAAUUUGAGGGCCCGUGGUCCAAGUGAUGGUGUGAUGCCAGGUUCGGUAAAUAAGACUUGUUUCUCUGCCCUGCAGAUUGCACCUUCUCCCCCAGAUGCCCCACAUGUGCAAACACCAGAACCACAUGCACACAAUCCAGGGACAGGCCUCGCGUUCCGGCCUUUGCUGUUCUCGCUGUAGCCAGAAGAAAUGGACAGAUGUGCUGUUAUCCCCAGACUUGGCACCGGUCAGCAAUGUCACUAAAGCCUCCAGAACAGUGUGCAAACCUGGAAGGACUGGGGAGAUCACCAUCCUCUCCGUUGGCCGGUAAGUGAUCUGACACCACUUUUUUUUUACAUAAUUGAUAUGAUGACAUGAUUUGUGGUAACAAUUUUGGUAAUUUGUGCAGACAAACAAGAUCAAAUGGACUAAUAGUUAAAAACAAAUUGUCCCAUGAGAUUUUAAGAAAAUCAAGCUGUAGACACUGUUUAAAGCUCAUAGAAAAAUAUUAAAUAAAAAACUGAAUUGCAAAAUUUGGCAAAUAUUGCUGAGCUCUAACUUUAGCUAAAAUUUUUCCUUUUUAAAAUUGACUAUAUUUGCUUACAUUUUGCUAUUUUGUAUUUAAAUUACUUCCGUACAUCAUUUAUGAGAGUCAUUUCAGAUGUUAGCAAUCAAUAGCAGAGAAUGUGCUAUUAAACUAUGAUUCCCAGAAUGCUCUGCCCAUGAAUCACACCUGUGCAGAUAUGUAUGGCACACGUUUGGCAAUGCUAUAGAAAGCUGAGCCUGGGCAGGAACCGCAAAUGUCAGUGUUUUUAGUUUAAAUGUAUUGUUUUUGCUUAUAAAGAUAAUUCCUUUACAAAUAAAGCCCCUGCCUGGGACUUUAAAGGACUGCAAAAUAUUUUAGAGCUGGAUUGUGUAAAACAACCAUCACCACAACACGUAUCACGCUUGAAUUUGCUUAGGAACAUGUAUUCUGGAUGGAAAAUCUCUAGUAAACACCCUCUACAUAUUUAAUCUCGAUAGUGAGAACAAGCUAACUCCAGGAUCCUCCAUGAAGAGUUUGAUGCCACAGUCCAUGUAACAUGGUACACGGGCCAUUGAGUCCUGCAUUGGUUGAAACAACCAAAUGUUCCAUUAGCCCAAGUGAGCUGGGACACAGAGAACAUAGAAUAGAAUAAACCGUGUUGGCUAGAAGUGUUCAUAACGCUAUAUUUCUGCAGUGAGAACCACCAGUAUAAUAAAACACCAGCUGUGUAAAUGAUUCUGCGUCAUUCUAAAAUGAUUGUUUUCUUGCUUGGUUCCCAGAUUCCGAGUCGCCCGUAUUCCAGAACAGAAAGUCCCCCCCCCAGAGGUAAAAACCAUAUCAGACCAAAAUGUUCCUCUUGAGGAUGGCUCUGAGCAAAGGGGGCUGCUCUGUAACACUGUAAGGGCCAAGAACCGAAGCUUGGAAGACACCAGCAAGUUGGAGGUAAGUGCAUCCUCAUACCACUUACCAAGUGUGAUCUGUAGCUAUACGCUGCACUGUCAUGUUGGACCGUUUGUGCAAAAAUGUUGUUUUUUUUAUUCUCACCCUCUACUCUCUGUACUAGGUCAGUGUCCUUCUUUAAGCAUUGCUUAUCAGGCUGGUGCCACUGAUCCAAACACACAGAAUGAGUGUCUGUAGAAUACUCAUGGAACACAGCAGCUCACACUGGAGGGAGGACAAUUAACCAAACCCCCAAUAUCUUUUAAAUUAAAGGGGACAUGGACAUUACAACUUGAUAAAGCCAUUGCUUAAAGGGACAGCAGCAUAAGACACCAUAACAUCUUUAUCUAAAUGAAGUUGUUAUGGUGCCAGGAGGCCUCUGCGUGCACUCUAACCUUCAGGGGUUAAACUGUUCUAGAACGGUUUAACAACACAGUUGCCUCCAGCACCGAUUUCCUCCCUGCCCCCAGGCAGCAUCCUGCCGCCGGGCAGGGGCAUCACUGAUCAGUGACUCACAAUUCACAAAACUGGCUUGGAAAGAAACAUAUCUAAUUGGCUAAAAGCAUCAACGGGCCCAGGGCCGGUGCAGAGAAUUUUGGGUACAUAGGCAAAGACGCAUUUUUCCGCCCCCCCAAAAACAUCUUCACCUGUGUACCUCUUAACCCCCCUUUUGUGUUUCUUAUCCCGUCUUUUAAAUAUCUUUAGUGUCUUUUAUCUCCUAAUUCCCUUUAGUGUAUUUUAUCUCCUAAUUUUUCCCUUGUGUAUCUCCUAUCUCUCCUCUUUGUAUGACUCUUACAUCCUCCCACAUUUUCUGUGUCUUACUCCUCCCAGCCCCUUUGUGUGACUCAUUCUCUCACAGCCCCUUUGUGUGACUCAUUCUCUCCCAGCUCCUUUGUGUGUCUCUUUCCCCCAGCCCCUCUGUGUGUCUCUUUUUCCCCUUCUCAAGCCCCGCUGUGUGUUUCUUUCACAUUCAGCCCCUUUCCCUGUCAUUUAGUGUUCCUCUCCCCUCCUUUUCCUGUCCCUUAGGGUAUCUCUCCCCUCCUCUCCCUGUCCCUUGGCACACCACCCACCCCCGUAGUGGUCCCCUCCCCUUCCUGGUGUGCCUUCUACCUUUCUUGUAGCGUGGCUGAGCGGAGUGAAUCCCGGUACAGUGAGCAUUUCACGUCAGUCCGGCCAGGUACAGGAAACAGAAGUUCCUGUAUCGCGGUACGCUCCGCUUGGCCACGCUACACUCAGUGGUGUAUACACACUGACAGUCACACACAUCCAAUGACAAACAUACAGACUUCUCUGACAGCCAGACUCACUUAUCUGACACACUCAUUCAUUGAUAUACACACUGACAGACACACAAACACUGACAGACUCAUUGACAAAUACACACUGACAGACACACACACUCACACACAGGCACACAAACUCACAGACACACACACACAUUUACUCAGACACACACACACACACACAAGGUGCGCAAGGGAGCAGAGCAGAGAGAUCAGAGCUCCCUCACCGCCUCGCAUAGUCAGAUUUCAAUUCAGCAGCGCCAGGGAUCCAGAAGGUGGCCUGGUAGGAGGGAGCACUUCCCUCCUGCCGGUCACUGGAAUUUUGCGCCCCCCAGAGCUGGUGCGCCCUAAGGCGGCCGCCUUAUGGACGUGCCGGCCCUGAACGGACCUCUCUCAGCCAAUCAGUGGCGCCCCUGUAAUUUCAGAAGCUGGAUGCCGCCUGGGUUGGGCGGCAGUGAGUUGGGAUCGGUUCUGGAGGUACCUUUGGGGUUAAACCUUUUGAGAACGGUUUAACCCCUGAAGGUAAGAGUAUGCCCAGGGGCCUCCUGGCACAAUAACAACUUAAUUUAGAUUACGUUGUUAUGGUGCCUGGAGUGCCUAUUAAAUACCACAAUCCGUUGCAACAUUAAGAGCACUCACAGGUGAAGUGAAUACCAUUGACUAUAUCGUUACAAUGGCAUCUGUCAUGGGGUGGGAUAUAUUAGGCAGCAUAAAAAAUGGUAGCGCAAAAAGAUCUGAGUGACUUUAACAAGGGCCAAAAUCCAGUACAGCUUAUUUGUGACUGUGCAUUCUCUGGCUCCCAAUACAACGUCACGUAAUGCCAGCCCCGGCUAAUGAGGUCCCUUAUGCAUGGCUUUCUGUACAUACUUGGCUCCCUGGUGCAUUUAUUGAGUUAAGUGCAGCUCUAACUUCCGCCUUUAAUUACCUUAUUUGUAAUCAUUUUAGCCUAUUGUGCUUCACAUAUUUCCAAAACAAUACUUUUUUCUGUUUUUGAACCUCAUCCUUGGCGUACAGAGGAGUAAUUGUCACAUAGAAGAUCAAAUCAAAUUUUAGGCUUGUAAUUUUUUUGGGGGUCUUAAAAACCAGUACUGUAUUCUCUUCCUUGAUUUCUAAAAAGCAACCGCAGGCUGUUAUUUAAAGGAUCACAAUAGGGUCAGGAACACAAACAUAUCUUCCUGACCCUAUAGUGCUAAACCCACCAUUUAGGUGGCUUGCCUCCACCUUUAGCCCCCCUAUAAAAGUUUAAAACUCAGCCUAUUUUUAGCGUUGUGCGAGUCUGCCUGUGCGAGGUCUGCCCCCUUUAUGACAUCAUCAAAAAUGGGGGCGUGGCCAAAUGCUGUUUUUGCAAAUCAGGACCUCCUCAUAGAGAUGCAUUGAAUCAAUGAAUCUCUAUGAGGAAAAUUCAGCGUCUCCAUGUAGAGCGUGGGGACGCUGAACGGCAGGGCUGCCUACUGUGCAGUUUUAUGCCAGGAAGCCCCUCCAGUGGCCAUCUGAGGAGUGGUCACUUGGAGGUGUCCCUAGGGGCAAUGUAAACACUGCCUUUUCUAUGAAAAGGCAGUGUUUACAUGAAAGUGCCAGAAGGAAGCUAGUAUACUCACCAGAACAACUACAUUAAGCUGUAGUUGUUCUAGUGACUAUAGUGUCCCUUCAAGGCUCAGAACCAUGAAUAAACCAAGAACAUUUUGAAGUAAUCUCUGCAAUUUAGAAAAUGUUUAUUUAAUGUUUUUUGCUUCUUCCUUUCCGUCUCCUAGGAUGUUAUCUGACUCCUCCUGCAAGGAAACCUGUUUACUUACAAACGUCCACCCUUCUGGUGGGAGAGUCCUCCUGCUGGUCACCGGAGGACUCCCGAGGAAGUAGACCGUUUGCAGUCGGAGUGUGAAGCAGGCACGCUCUAUACAGGAAGACAUUCCAGGAGCCUUCAUCACAUUUUAAAGCAGAAUUCUUAGGUCUUUUUAAGAGAAUCCUAUUUUAUUCAAGGACUUUGCUGGAAUACUGCAUCUCACAUACAGACUGAAUUACAUUGUAACGAAGUUUGGAGCACAGAGUGGUCCUUUUAUCAUCAGAGUUACUAGUUCUGAGAUUUAUGUUAUAAAUAGAGCUUUAACAUGUUGAGUGCGGGAAUUGUAUUUAGAAGCACACAGUAAGCAGCAAUUCCAACAUGUUCUACUCUGAAACAGUUUAAUUAAAAUGCUGUGAAUCUGUCGCCCCACUUGUGAUCCAACCGCACUGCGACAGAAAUCUUUGCCAUCAGAAGGAAGACUGGAAACCAUCCAUUUUAAUUAAUUGGGGAAUAAAAAGUGUUCUCCAUAAAAAACAAAAAAAAAACUGUUUAUUUUUUGUUUUUAUUUUCCACAAAAUUGUCUUGAAAUAUGAUGUUUGUUAGGUUUUAAAACAAUCGAUUUUACCACACAUCCAUAUUGGGCACCUGAUGGUCUCAAGCCGUUCUGACUCUCUUUUUGUAUUAUCAGAAAGGAAUCAAUGAAACAUUUGUAAAUUCAUCCAUCCCAGUGACCUCUUAGGAGAUCAUAGGUACUGCUUACAUUAAUUUAUUGAGGGAAAUGAGACCAAAUGGCAACUUGGUUGUAUUCAUGGGGAGUAUUUCUUCUCAGGGUAAAGUAUCUAAAGUACAGGCUUGGUGAAUUCACCCAGACAUGGGGUCACAUAGCUGUCGGUCCCUGAUUAGUUCUCAACCAUUUCUGUUUUAGUGAACCAGUGUAUCUUGAUGUUUUUGUAUUUUGUUUAGGUGUUUUCAUUCUCUGUAGCCCCGGCAUAUCUAUUAACGGACCUAGUGUACCUAAAGGGACACUAUAGUCACCAAAAUAACUUUAGCUUAAUAAUGCAGUUUUGGUGUAUACACCCUUGCAGUCUUACUGUUUAAGUCUCUGCCAUUUAGGUGUUGAAUCACCUUGUUUUUACAGCUCUAAUCACACCAUCCUGCAUAUAAUGUACAUAGGCUUCCUCAAUACUUCCUGUAAAGUGAGAUCUUAUGUUUGCAAUUCCUUUAUUGCACAUUCUAUUUAAAUUAGAAUGUAUUAUCGCCUGCUCUGUUAUUAGCCUUCUAAACUCUGCAGGAGCUUCCUGUGUGUGAUUAAAGUUCAAUUUACAGAAAAGAAGAUAAACACUUCUAAAGCAAGUUACCAUCUGAUUGAAAAUGAAACCAUUUUGUUCUCAUACAGGCUGUGUGAGUCACAGCCAGGACAGGUGUGACUAGGGCUGCAUAAACAGAAAUAAAGUGAUUUAACUCCUAAAUUGGCAGAGAAUUGUGCAGUGAGACUGCAUGGGCCUGAUCUAUACACCAAAACUGCUUCAUUAACCCAAUGCUCUUUAGGUGUCUAUAAUGUCCUGUUAAGAAGUCUCCUUUUUACAACUCUGUCCAGUUUUGGAUGGAGCAAAUAAACAGUCACAUGCUGGUAUAGUUACCAAGAGGUCCGUCCAAGAGAUUAAAGAACAGAUGAGAUAUCAGAGCUAGUUACACAGAAGCCAUGUUCUGGGGGCUUCUAAUCUGGUGUCUUGGAUGACCUUGUCGGCAAGUAAUGUGUUCCCAGCUCAGGGCCAGAACUUCAUGUUCAGCAUUCAGAGUGAGAGAAAAACAUACGGUGUGCUUUGUAAAUCACCUUAGAUGCCUCUUGUUGGUUUUCAAAUGCAAAGAAAUUGUCUAUAACCUGGGGAUAGGUAGAUGAACUCUGCCAAUCAACUUGUUGGGUAGAAGUGCAUCAUGGGAUAUGUAGUUCCCAUCACCUGGCUUAACAAUAUUUCCCAUCAGCACUGUAAGCUUAUGAAGAGAUUUUAAUGACAAACUAAAAAUCCUCCCUCCCCGUAAUUGUAAUGUCUGGAUCCUCCGCUGACCUGCACCCUCCAUACAAUUAAAUGAAGAAGGGCCCUCUUUAGACAAUACUGGGCAUUGCACUCCAGGGGUGCACAGCCUACUGUAGUCCAAAGGGACCCGAAUGUGUCUUAGUAAUCACUUGGCAGCCAUUUGCAGUGUUUGAUAGUUUGUAACAUCCAUAAAAUCUCUAAGAAGAGAUCAGGGACGUUUUGACGUUGUCUACAGUUUAUUUAAUCCCAUUUUUAACAAAACAUUUCAGAUAUUGUCAUAUCACUUCCCCUGCAAAGGAUACGUCUAUUGAACUGACCGGGCCUUUUCAUUAAGAUUUCCUAACUCUGACCCAGAAACUGCCAUUAAUUACCAUGAUCUCCUCAAAAGGUCUUGAUACUUCUGCAUUUAAUUUAUUUAUUUAUUUAUUGUUAGACCUGGCAUAAACAAUACUCGUCCUAUUUUCUUAAAGGUAGUUCCCUGUCCGUCCUCCAGCCUCCAGUUCUGUACGGGUAGAACGUGUGAGCGAACAGCGAGGGAAUGUGAAGGAAACAUUUUACCGACCGUUCUAAUCUCUCUUAUUUAUUUGACAGUGCUGUAAAACCUUUUACUUUACUUGAGUUUGCUUUAUGGAACGGUGAGCUGUGCGUUUCGCUCUAGUAUUUAACCCUCUCGAGCAAUCACAGGGUUAACGGGGACAUAAUGCCUUUGUAAAGUCUCCAGAUCUUACUUGAACCAUUUCUGUUUUUAUUUUAAUGUGUUUUUGUCUUUGACUAUUCAGUGUUGUUACCAUGGAGAUUUGUAUAGAAAAUAACAGAAAUAAUGACAUUUUCUCCGAUUGUAGCGACUAAACCCAAGGCCAGACACGGCUGGGAAUACAAUGUGUACCUAUUGGUCAUUAAAGGAGUAACAUUCAUUUUAAAGUGGGAAUAACGGAUUUUGUUUUAAUUUAUUAAUAAAUUGCUAUAUUAAAUGAUGGACACUUCUACUAAGUGCGUUAUUGAGAGCUGGAUGUUUUGCUAUGACUGCGGCAAUAUGCCUUGUGGCCGGCUAACGCUUUUUGUAUGGUGUUUUCUAUCAGUAACAGUCAGUAAACACAACCAUUUAUUUAAAGAGACACCGUUUAACAAAACACUUAAAAUCACCUUUAACUAAUGUUAAAAUGGAGCAUCUCACGAAAAAUGUUACAGAUUUAGGAAAUUAUAUCGUAAUCCAGUUCUGAU